AACUUCCGCCGUGAAUCCGGUCCUUUUCCUGCGCUGUACACUUGAGUAAAGCGGCUCUUCAGCCCAUCCGACUCAAUCUACAGCCAUCGACCGGGACCGAGCGCCGAGAUGACCGAGCAGAUGACCGUGAGAGGGACCCUGAAGGGCCACAACGGCUGGGUGACCCAGAUCGCCACGACGCCGCAGUUUCCGGACAUGAUUCUGUCCGCGUCCAGAGAUAAGAGCGUCAUCAUGUGGAAACUCACCCGCGACGAGACCAACUACGGCAUUCCUCAGCGAGCCCUGCGCGGACACUCGCACUUCGUGAGCGACGUGGCCAUCUCAUCGGACGGUCAGUUCGCUCUGUCGGGCUCCUGGGACGGGACCCUGCGUCUGUGGGACCUCACCACAGGAACCACGACCCGUCGAUUUGUGGGCCACACCAAAGACGUGCUGAGCGUGGCCUUCUCCGCUGAUAACCGGCAGAUCGUGUCCGGCUCUCGGGACAAAACCAUCAAGCUGUGGAACACGCUGGGCGUCUGCAAGUACUCCAUUCAGGACGAGAGUCACACUGAGUGGGUUUCCUGCGUGCGUUUCUCUCCCAACAGCAGUAACCCCAUCAUCGUCUCCUGCGGCUGGGACAAGAUGGUCAAGGUGAGAGCUGAGUGGAGUUUAAGGGACGAGAGUCACACUGAGUGGGUUUCCUGCGUGCGUUUCUCUCCCAACAGCAGUAACCCCAUCAUCGUCUCCUGCGGCUGGGACAAGAUGGUCAAGUCGGACUCUCCACAGGAUCUGGAGGGAAAGAUCAUCGUUGAUGAGCUCAAACAGGAAGUCAUCACCACUAACAGCAAGGCUGAGCCGCCCCAGUGCACAUCUCUGGCCUGGUCUGCUGAUGGACAGACUCUCUUUGCUGGAUACACGGACAACCUGAUCAGAGUUUGGCAGGUGACCAUCGGAACCCGAUAAAGAUGUACAUUUCCA